CUCACUCCUUCCGACUCACUCCAUUUGUCCUCUUCAGAAGCUGCCAUGACGCUCAGUGAUGGGGAGUGGCAGCUGGUGCUGAAUGCCUGGGGGAAGGUGGAGACUGACCUAGCCGGCCUUGGACAGGAAGUCCUCAUCAGUCUGUUUACAAAUCACCCUGAGACCCUGGAAAAAUUUGACAAGUUCAAGAACCUGAAGUCGAAAGAUGAAAUGAAGGGCUCAGAGGACCUGAAGAAGCAUGGCUGCACCGUGCUCACAGCCCUGGGUGGCAUCCUGAAGAAGAAGGGACAGCAUGCUGCGGAGAUCCAGCCUCUGGCCCAGUCACACGCCACCAAGCACAAGAUCCCAGUCAAGUACCUGGAGUUUAUCUCAGAAGCCAUCAUCGAGGUCCUGAAGUGCAAACUCUCCGGGGACUUUGGAGCAGAUGCUCAGGGCGCCAUGAGGAAGGCCCUGGAGCUGUUCCGGAAUGACAUUGCUGCCAAGUACAAGGAGCUGGGCUUCCAGGGAUAAGCUGCCUGCUCCCACCGCCCGGCCCACCAAGCUGGGACCCAGUGUCAUGUAGCAAGUAGAGUGUGCGGUGCCCUAGGUUAGCAGAAAGCAGAAGACGGGAAUAGCAUGGCAUUCCAGCCAUCUCACCCACACUCCCGGGGUCAGGGCCCCAGGUGGCACCACCUGGGACCCAGAGGUACAAAGUGGCCUCUGCUUCCUCAGUUACAUUGGGUCAGCCUCAGUUCUCCUGUGACCUAAAUCCCAACCCACUUCCUCCUGGUUUCAGGAAAAUCCCCCUUCCCACUGUCACAUUUGAUCCCAAAUCGAAGUCGCCAACUACCAGACCCUGACC